CGUAGAUACCGAUCUCUGGUUAAUUGGAUAUUGGGUCAACAACUAUGCAUUGAGCAACAGGCUGCCUAAGGCACUACGCUGGGCCACUGGGAGGGAUUCAACGUUGACUCAGAUUCCUCUCCUUCCUCGGGAUACACGGCUCCUCAUUUCUCAUGACUCACACCAACGCAAGUAGGCACAGGUCAACCAGCUCGACUCAGCUUCUGCUCUGAGGACCGAGAAGUUACGUUUUCAAGGCAGUUUAACAAGGUGCUCACAACCCCGACCCGUCCAGAGGCGCAGUCCCGGGCAGGCAUGCGCCCUGGCCCACCAGCAGGGGCGUCUGUUACCGACUGACCUGGUGGCCCAGAUAUUUAUUCCAAGACGGUGAAGGGUUGUCUGGAUCCAAAUCGCUCUUAAAUGCACACGUUUGGCAAAGUGCACCAAGGCGACAAACUCUGCCUUAUUCUCUCAAAGUUUUCCUUCAAUCCUGGGGUGACUCAACUGUAACAGUUCAGAGGUCCAGACAGAGAUGAGGACCCAGGCUGGAGGGAGCCCCCAGCCCUGAACAAGACAGGGACCCUGUGUGCUCCGUGCCCUCAGAGUAGCUGAGCACCUAACACGUAACUGACCCUCAGUUAAUAGCGGUGAGUAUCUGAUUGCAUUACACAUUGACGUGACAUUUUUAUAGAUGAAAUAUUUUGAGCUGUAUGGAAUCACUUUAUAAAGUUGGGAACCCCCAUUUUUCCUCCCUGGCUGCUUGAAGAUCAUGAAUGACACAGCAACUAUCCAGACCAGGAAGUUCAUGACCAACAGACUACUUCAGCGGAAGCAAAUGGUCCUUGAUGUCCUUCACCCUGGGAAGGCAACAGUACCCAAGACAGAAAUUCGGGAAAAACUAGCCCAAAUGUAUAAGACCACACCUGAUGUCAUCUUUGUGUUUGGAUUCAGAACCCACUUGGGUGGUGGCAAGAGCACUGGCUUUGGCAUGAUUGAUGAUUCCUUGGAUUACGUAAAGAAAAACGAACCCAAACACAGACUUGCAAGACAUGGCCUAUGUGAGAAGAAGAAGACCUCAAGAAAACAGAGAAAGGAACGCAAGGACAGAAUGAAGAAAGUCAGGGGGACUGCACAGGCCAUUGUUGGUGCUGGCAAAGAGUGAGCUGGAGAUUGAACUACAGAAGGAGUCAAGAUUCUUCAGUGACUUUAUCUGUGAUGGUUGUGCAGAUUUUUCAUGAGAGGCUUAAUAAACCAUAAACUUUAAACAAACAAACAAACAAAUAAAUAAAAUUGGGAACCUUUUCAUGUCUUCUUUGAAAGGACGCUCUCUUUGGCAUAUUCGAAUUGCUAGCAUCAGCACUCUUUUGCUCUGGGGCCAUCAUUAUGUAAAAUAAGGGUUACCUGACCACAAGCACUGAGAUACCCUGACAGUCGAUCUGAUAAGCAAGACAGCUGCAAAGUGACUGACAGGUGGUCACGUAUACAGCACGGACGCUGGAAAAGGGAUGAGGAACGGGUUUCCCAGGCGGCACAGAGCGGGAUGGCGCCAGAUUUCAUCACGCUCCUGAGAACAGCGCUCAACUUAAAGCUUAUCCAUUAUUCAUCUCUGGAAGUUUCCAUGUAAUAUUUUCAGAGAG